AAAAGAAUGGCAGUUUUUCAAGUAUCCGAAAAAAGAAGCCCCCGUAUGCCGACCUCCUUUGGCGCGAUCACCGAGUGUUUUAUUCUCAUUCCGAACUUAUGACGACUUUUUUGACCAGGACUUCUAAAAAAACCACUACGUACCACUUGUUGGCUUUACUGGCGUAUGAAAGGUGCUUCAUGACGCGUCUCGUGGCAAAACCAAAACCCGAUGUUGAGAGGCACGGCAUGUUUCAAUCCUGCAGAAAAGGCAAGAACUACCCAGGCUUACUAUUAAGUACUCUAGCUUCGACGACGAGCAUCUGAAACCUUAAAGUACACCAUGGCGGAAGAGGUUAGCUCGGAGUUUGAAUGUGCGUUAUGCCUUCGCCUGCUACUUGAGCCCGUCAGCGUCUCAUGCGGCCACACGUUUUGCAGGUAUUUUCACUUUGUCUAAACACGCUUGAUCGACUUGCGGCGAGUACCCUUUUCGCACUCUUCAUUGCCCCUCUUUACAUCAGGCGAACACUUGCUCUUGGGAAAUGAUGCCAAUUCGAGUUCGCGAAAAGUACCUCGGACAACACGUUUUCCUUACAGAACGUGAACCAAAACUGCUAAAACAGGUCCUGCAUCGAGGCUAGUCUGGACCACCGUGCCGCCUGUCCGCUAUGUCGGCAGCCCAUCAUCGCAGGCCGAAGCGUGAACGUCCUGAUUCAAAAUUUGAUUCAGCAGCGGUACCCCCAGACUCUCCGGGCGCGCCAAGAGGAGCAGCUGGAGGAGAUUCGGGAUGAUGAGCAGCAGCGCGCGGGGGCGAACACUACCGCUAUCUCGCCGGACAGAGAUGCGGCGGGGGCCACAGAGCGGCGGAACGUGCCGAUGUUCGCGAGCUCCAGAUUAUACCAGACCAACGAGCUUCUAUUCCCGGGGGCCGAGAUGCUCUUCAAGGCAACGGAGAUGCAGGACGAGCAUAUCCUGGAUCAUCUACUUGCCACCUCGCGGGAGUUUGUGAUGCAGUACGAAGCAUCUGCUGGUGCUGGCAGUGGCGACGAUGAAGCGAGAAAUGGUGGCGCAUCGAACGCAGCCGGAACUGCCAAUACAGCAAAUUCCUCCACAACUGGCAAUUCCGUAGGCUAUCUCUUCCAGGUGGAGUCCGCGGAGCGGGAUCCGCAGGACGAAACGCGGAUGGUGCAGUGCCGGUGCAAGGAGCGGGUGUGGGUGCGAGGGAUGAGAUUCACGACGCGGCCGGAAACCGGGACCGGCAUGCGUAUCUGCGACAUCGUGCCGAUGAAAGACGGAGCGAUAGACGUAGCCGAGCUCGUGCUGCCGACCGCCUACCAGCCACUGCGCUUAGAUCCUAUGACGGGCAAGCGGUUGGGUAGCACGAGCAGCACGCCUCCACAGCAAGAGGACGCACCACCUGUAGAAGCGCAAGCGGGCACGCAGCCUGCAUCACCCGUAAACGCUGAGGGGCCACCAGACGAAGCCAAUGGGGGUAUCGAGCUCACUCCUGUCCUAAACCCAGCAACGCGACCUAUUGUCGCUCCACCUGACGUGCGUUCACGGAACCUAGCGUCCAUUGCGGAUGAGUGUGUCAUUUACCUGAACUUUCACCUGGAACGACUGGGGCCGCACGCCCGGCAGCGCUUCAUUCGCCACCACGGGCCGGUGCCAAUGCGAGUUGCGCGGUCGGUCAUGCAAUUGCGCGACAUCGAGCAACUUUCGUGGUAUCUUUGCCGAGUGCUGGUCGCGACAGACGACCGGAAAACGGAGUGGUAUUUUCUACGCUACUUUCAUCAUGUCUCCUCCUGCUCAGUUUCGCGGGCAGUAUCCCUUGUAGACUAGAGGACGGUCUGGAGUUGCCGUUUUAUGGUUCAUUCCGCUGCGUGUGCGUACUGCAUGAAUUCGUUCCACCAUGUUCUACAUAGGUGCACGUCCAGUGGAAUUUUCACUAUCCGAAAAAUUAAAAUUUGCAUCUUCCAAGGUUCAAGUCGACGGAUUUGAAGCUCCGUCUGUGCGAUUGCUUGCAGGUGUUCCGGGAGUGUGGAAAGCCCGGGGCAUGCCUCCAGAUGCCAGGCUCGGCGGCCUGGAUGAAGCUUGGCUCUCACUAUUCGUCCCUUCUGCUGCUGGUGAUUGUUCUCCUUCUUCUCUAUCUCAAAGGGAGCGGCCACCUGGACGCGCUUGAGCGGUCGCGGGGGCGCGGAAAAUACGUAAUCGACUUCGAUUCGUAGGCGACAUCGCAAAUUAUCCGCACUGGCUCUGGGACACAGUCAGUUGGUCAGGAUUGGAGGGUGGAACUCCUCUGUAUCAGUUGGUCGCCCACAGCAGGCGCAGGGCAGCGCUCGUCCAGCAUUAUGACCAGCAAGGGAAGCGCCCUUCGCCAAACACGAGAGUCCAACACCCGGGAGCAGGAUCCAAUGGUGUCGCGAUGAGAAGGAAACACCCAGCAAAAGGGGUAAAACCGCUGCCGUGGCGACCCGGCGGAGAAUCUUUCGGCAGGCAGAUAUGGGCAGCGUCGCAGGGCCAAAGAGCCGGCCUUCCCACACAACGGAAGAGAAAGCACGUGGGGUCUGGAGUGCAUGGAGUUUCUCUGCCAGGCAGAUACAGCUGGCAGACAAAGACGCGAUAAAAACACUGGAGUGCAAGACGCAAACUCGCAAAACUGCUCCGCUAGGCACGAGCGCAUGAGGCUCAUCCAUGAGCGGAUCGACCAGAAAUGGAGAAAAUUCUUUAUCGAUUCCAAGAAGGUGGAACGUAAUUUACAUGAAACUGGUGGCCUGCUAGCAGCUCGCCUCAGUGAAGGGGCGGUGAAACCAUUUCUAGGAGUAGUUGUACGCGUGGCAACUUAAGUCGGUCAAGCAUCAGUUCUCUCCGCAACACGCGUGAUCCGCUGCUGUGGUCAUGUGCAUCAGGAUUUUCUAAAUUUGGAUCCGUGCUCUAGUCGAUUAUGUCCAUUGCCGUUCCGAUGAGGAUCAUGAAG